AUGGAAUGGUCGGCCGAAUUAACGCUAGAGUUCUUAGAGUUAUACGAACGUGAGGCUUGCAUUUGGAACCCGAGAGACCCUCUGCAUAAGAACAGAAUCGCGGUGAGCGACGCUUGGAAGCGAAUCGAAUACAGUCUGAGCGUUGAGGUGUCUGUGCCGGAAUUAAAAAAGAAAAAGGAGUCUCUGAUGGCGACUUUCCGGCCCAUAAUGCAGAAAGUGAUAGCGAGCCAGAAAAGCGGCGGCGGCCCCGAUGAUGUAUACAAAUCGAACUGGUUUGCUUUCGACGCCAUGUUCAAGUUUCUGCAAGGGAUUUACCAGCCAAAAUCAGGUUUGAAUGCAGAGGGCUGAAAAAGGAAGAAAAACUGAGUUAACCGAUGUCGCAAACUUGUAUU